AUGCGCACUCAAAACUACCCAAAGUUUGGGUGCCCCAUUUUUCCGAAAGCAACCGAAGAACCGAGACCCACUGACAUAUACUACAACUGCAAGAAGUGUCCCUAUAAAAGCAAGUUUUUGUUUGUUAUCAGAAACCAUACACGAAACCACGUGGAAAAGGUAUUUGAUUGUGCAGACGAACUCCAACCGUACACGUGUCACGAAUGUGGAAACUAUGGCACGUGGUUUCUGGAACAUUUAAAAAACCACCUUCGAGAGAAACAUCCACAGUCAAACCAUAAAACGUGUUCAGAGCUUCAAGUAAAGAUCGAAUGUGAAUCCAUUGGUACAAACCCACCACAAAUAAAGUGGUUACAAUGCAAACACUGUCCUCGAAAAUUUAAACUAGAAGAAACCCUAGAGAAACACAUGGUUAAGCAUAAUCAGAAAACGCGAGUAAUGCGAAGACGCAGAUUACUUAAACGUGGAACUGGAAAGGUAAAGAAAUUUCGGUAUUUCCCCGGUACGCAGUACCCAUACAUUAACAAAAGUCACACUUACUGCGCGUAUCUGACCUAUGGUCAGUCACGCCUGCGCAAACGCGACACCAAAAUGAAGUGGGUGCUACAUCGAGCCAAGUAUGACUGGCUGAAGACAAAGUCUGAUUUUAAGUCACCAACAAAGAAAAACUUCAAGUGUACGUCUUGUGAUUUUGAAAGUGUGGAACUUGGAGAAUUGGGGGACCACAUGGUUGGCAAGCAUGUUGCAAGAGAGACCGUAACUAACUUCAUGUGUGAGCUUUGUCUGUAUAUCACUGUGGAUAAACAGGAUUUGGAAGGACAUGUCUUGGAGAAACACGUGGAUCCACAGGAAACUGAUUGGUUCAUUUGCGAAAUGUGUUCGAAGAAGUUUAGGCAGAGAGAAGAUCUCAAAAAACAUGUGUUUGAUGGGCAUAUUCUGUAA